CUCCUUCUGAGCUAUGGUUAGCGUCGUUAACUCCAAAGCCGAUGUCUUGAAGGCCACUCAAGCAUUGUUGGUAAACUGCAAUGCUGCUCAAGGCCUCAGUGAGGUUAUGAAGAGCAAUCUUGGCCCUAGGGGCACUCUUAAGAUGCUCGUCGGAGGUGCUGGCCAGAUCAAGAUCACCAAGGAUGGGAGCGUUCUUCUUAAAGAGAUGCAAAUUCAACACCCUACUGCCUCAAUGAUUGCUCGAGCCGCAGCAGCUCAGGAUGAGACCAGUGGUGAUGGCACCACAUCGACCAUUCUGUUUAUUGCCGAGCUCAUGAAGUUAUCUCAGAGGUACAUUACUGAUGGUGUACAUCCCCGCAUUCUAGCGGAUGGUUUUGAUGCUGCUCGGAUGGAAAUAGCGACCUUCUUAGAAGCGUUCAAGGUCAACUGUGGUUGGGAUGAUAGUGACAUCCUUUCCUGCAUCGCCAGAACGUCCCUCCGGACUAAGCUCCCUGGCAAGCAGGCGGAUCAGUUGGCAGAUAUCAUUGUGCAGGCCCUUCAGCUCAUCCAUACUGAGAGUGAGCAAGUGGACUUGCAUAUGGUAGAGGUUAUGACUAUGCAAGAGAGGCUCGCCAUGGAGACCAGAUUAGUCAAGGGCCUCGUACUCGACCACGGCACUCGUCAUCCCGAUAUGCCUCAUAGACUUGACAACUGCUAUAUACUCACCUGUAAUGUUAGUCUCGAAUAUGAAAAGGCUGAGGUGAACACUACGUUCGCCUACAGCAACGCUGAACAGAGGGAGCGUUUGGUUGAAUCAGAGAGGAAAUUCACUGAUGAUAAGGUAGCGAAGAUCAUCGAAUUAAAGCAAGCUGUAUGUGGCGACUCGGACAAGACUGGCAAACACUUUGUUGUUAUCAACCAGAAGGGUAUCGACCCCCCAGCAUUGGACAUGCUGGCAAAGGAGGGCAUCAUGGCGUUGCGUAGGGCUAAGCGGAGAAAUAUGGAACGCCUUGUACUUGCAUGUGGAGGUGUUGCUGUUAACUCUGUCGAGGAUCUUACCCCUGAUGAUCUCGGAUAUGCUGAUGAGGUGUAUGAGAAGGUCCUUGGUGAUGACAAGUAUACCUUCAUUGAAGGAGUUCAACAUCCUCGUUCCUGCACCAUCCUCCUCAAGGGCUCUAAUGACUAUGUUAUCAACCAGAUGAAGGAUGCUGUUCGCGAUGGUCUACGUGCUGUGAGGAAUGCGGCUCAGGACGGUGCAGUUGUACCAGGAGCUGGUGCCUUCGAAUUAGCUGGUCAUGACCACUUGAUGGAGUUCAUGAAGAAGAACGUGAGUGGUAAAACCAAGCUCGGCGUUGAAGUUUUUGCCAAGGCCCUACUGGCGAUACCACAGACCUUAGCUGAGAAUAGUGGUUUUGAUAUCCAGGAUACUAUACUCAAGUUGGAGGAGGAGUAUCAAAACGCUGAUGGGGAGCCGGUCGGUCUAGACGUUUACACUGGGGAUGCUAUCUCCCCUGAGGCUGAGGGUAUCUGGGAUAAUUACGUUGUUAAGAAGGAGAUGCUUGCCUUGGCACCAGUGUUGGCCCAGCAGCUUCUGCUAGUUGAUGAGGUUAUCAGAGCUGGCAGGCAGAUGGGCAAGGAAUAGAGCUCUACCCAUGAUUAGUAUCAGCAUACCAUCGGCUCGAUCACUCGUGUGUGCCUUCUACUAUGAAGACUAUGGAU